AUACUCAUCAUCCUCUUCAUGGACAUGGCCACCCAGCUGCUCCAUCCAUCCCAUCCGCAGACCACGUGACCCAAUUCUCCCACGUCCUUCAGUGGUUCAUUCAGCAUGAUGGCUGCGAAUGCUGCGGAUGCUCUUUGCUGCAUCCUGCAUCCGUGCCGGUUCUCUCUCCUCUUUCUCGCCGUCAUCCUCUCCUCUCUGCCGGCCCCGACAGCAGCGCUGCUCGGCGUCCGGCCAGAAGACACCCAGAGCGGAGAGCUAUCCGUGCAGGAUGGGAUACUGAGGGCGACAGAGGGGACCCGCUUCAUGCUGAGGGUUUACUACUCCGCAUCUCCAGCUACAGAACAUCCCGACAGCCUGAACACCAGCGGUAGAGCUGAAUCCGCUCCUGCCGCUCCGUGGAUCGCGUUUAUAGAGGAACCAGGUGGGGACAGCGGGGACGCGGAGAGGCGGCUCCGGUCCAGAGGGAAUCCUUGCGAAGAGGAGAAUGCCCGAAGCUCCGACAUCGAGCUGCUGGGCUCUUUCAGAUCCACCUCAAGUCAAAACUCAGUUUUGGUGGAGCUGCUCGCUAAAGACCUGCGCAGAGGCGAGGUGAUCAAAUACUACUCCAUGUGCGCGUUUGAUGGAGUGAAAUGGGAGCAUUUCAGCACCAAGGACUUCUGGUUGGCAGUGGUGGAGAGACCUCCAGAGGCAGAUGUUUGGCUCCAGGCGGGUGUCUCGGUGCUCUUGUUAGGGCUCUCUGCACUCUGCAGCGGUCUGAACAUCAGCAUGCUGGCUCUGGACCCAGUGGAGCUGCGGGUCCUGCAGAACAGUGGCACAGAGAAGGAGCAGAAAUACGCACGCAAAAUAGAGUCAGUGCGUAAACAUGGAAACUACAUCCUUUGCACCGUGGUGCUGGGCAACGUACUUACCAAUACAUGCUUUGUGGUGUGGAUGUGCCAGAUUUUAGGAAUGACUGCUCUCUCAACUGCCUCGUGCACUUUAGGGAUAUUCUUUAUUGGCGAGAUUUUACCUCACUCCGUAGCAUCCAGGCACAGUCUCGCCAUCGCUUCCAAGACCCUCUGCGCGACCCGCCUGCUGAUGCUGGUGUUUUUUCCCAUCGCCUAUCCGGUCUCCAAGAUUCUGGACAUUAUGCUGCACCAAGAGAUCAGCAACUUUUACACCAGGGAGAAGUUGGUGGCCAUGCUGCGUGUAACAGACCCGUACCACGACCUGGUCAAAGAGGAGCUCAACAUUAUUCAGGGAGCCCUGGAACUGAGGACCAAGACCGUAGAGGACGUGCUGACCCCGCUGUCAGACUGCUACAUGCUCUCCUCGGACGCAGUGCUGGACUUCUGCACCAUGUCUGACGUGAUGCAGAGCGGUUUCACCCGGAUCCCGGUCUACGAGAACGAGAGGUCCAACAUUGUGGACAUUCUGUUUGUCAAAGACUUAGCCUUCGUGGAUCCCGACGAUUGCACUCCUCUGAAAACAAUUACUCAGUUUUACAAGCAUCCCAUGCACUGCGUGUUCAGUGACACCAAGCUGGAUGUGAUGCUGGAGGAAUUUAAGAGAGGUAAGUCUCACCUGGCUGUGGUGCAGAGGGUGAACAGUGAAGGUGAGGGAGACCCCUUCUAUGAAGUGAUGGGCAUCGUCACCCUGGAGGAUGUCAUAGAAGAGAUCAUCAAGUCUGAGAUUGUGGAUGAGACAGACCUGUAUACUGACAAUCGGAACAAAAGGAGAGUAUCCAACCAUGAGAGGAAACAGCAGGAUUUCUCUAUCUUCAAACUGGCAGAAAAUGAGCUGAAGGUGAAGAUCUCGCCACAGUUGCUGCUCGCAACACACCGCUUCUUGGCUACAGAGGUGGAGCCUUUCAGGUUGUGUCACCUGUCAGAGAAGAUCUUGCUGCGUCUCAUCAAGCAUCCCAGCAUUGUGCAGGAACUCAAGUUCAACCCCAAGAACAAACACGCUCCUCAACACUACCUCUUCCAGAGGAACAAACCUGUCGACUACUUUGUCCUCAUUCUGCAGGGACGGGUGGAAGUAGAGAUAGGAAAGGAGGCUCUCCGCUUUGAAAAUGGAGCGUUUUCCUAUUAUGGAAUGCCAGCACUCAUCCCGCCCCUGCCCACCGGUCAGAGGUAUUGUUCCCGGGCCAGUGGUCUAAACCAAUCAGAUUCAUUACUGAGUGGAGGCAGUGUGGGUCAGCUCAUUACAGGAGGAGGGGUCUACUUACCAGACUACUCAGUCCGGCAGCUCACAGACCUGCAGAUCAUCAAGAUCACCAGAAACCACUACCAGAAUGCCCUAACGGCCACCAGGAUGGACAGCUCCCCUCAGACACCUGACCCAGUGGAUCCCGGUGCUAAAGGGAGGACACCGGUCCCUGAGGCCCGCUCACACAGCAUCGCCCUCCCCCUCACACACACACACACUCGACUGGGGCUGGCACGCCUUGCACAUCUUCAUCCCCACGGUGGCCUUCACAACACCUCCCAGCUCAAUGAAAGAAACCGUAUCGUUCGCAGUAAAUCUGAUGGGCAGAGGAGUCCAAACGAUACUGUGUUCCUCCGCAUGGAUGAGAUUCCCUACAUCCAUGAGGACCGACCGGAUACUUAUGGAGAGAACGAUGUGCCUACAGAGUCUCAGCCAUCCACCUCUCCCUUCAUCAGCUCUCUGUCAUUGUCCAGCUCUGACGAGAACAUUGGAAAGAAGCUAUUGCGUAAACUGAGUAACAAGAGGAGGAAAAAGUCUCGGGAUGGAGAUAAGAGUUUGGAGGAAGGUUCAGAGCAACUCCCUGUGACAAGCUAGCACUGUGACACUGAGGGAGAGGGAUGAAACACACACCUUCUUCCUCUUUAUCACCUACUGGUUUUCUUCACUAAACAACCACCCCUUCAUAGACUCCCUCCAUGCUCCGACACAACUCUCAGACUGAGCCAUCGUAUCUGUUGUAGCCACCAGUAAUACUCAGGUCCCCACUGGCACACUCUGUCCAAAACCUGCCAGACUUGACACUCUUAAAGUGCUGAGCAUGAGAAGGGCAGAGCUGGAAAAUGAAAAACUUGAUUGGACAAAUCUAAACAACAUAGUUGUAGAUUUAUCCAGCCUUACACUGGACUGCAUGGAUCUCAGCAGGUUUUCAUCACGUUUUGUAGUAAAUGUGGCAAACCGUGUCCAUGUUACCAAAAGCAGCAAAGCUUGUAAUUUAAUAACAGACUCUACCUGUUCUUCAUCUGAACUGGAAAAUAUCUCAAUUAUGGAACCCAACAAUGUCCUUAAAUGAUAUCUGAGCCAGCUUUGACUUUUUACUUGAUCAAACAAUGAAUAUAAUUGUAUUUAUUUAUUUGUUAUUUUGAGGCAGUUCCCACAUACUGAAAAUGUUGUUUGCACAGGGAACUGUCCUAAUGUUGCCAUAAGGGUGCCACCCACUGCCAACACAACCUGACACACUAGCCAUCGUCUAAGAGGAAAAAGCCACCGGACAAGAGCACAGUUUUUACACCAGAUUAAAAGACACAAUUAUGAAAAAAGCCAUGAAUUAGUUAUCAGCUUGAAUGACUACUUCUUGUAUACUGACCUGUCAGCAUGUUUAGAGGUGUAUGCACAAUUUUGAAAAUACUGGUGCUCUAAAUGUCCACAAUUUCUUACCUGAAUUUUAUAUGGAAGUGUAAAAAUGACCAAAAGUAAUUUGAAGAAAGCAAUAUAAGUCAUCUAGCAUACUGUGCAGGUCUUGAAUUUAUCACCACAAUACCACAUACAUGCACAUAUUCAGUAAACGCAUCCUUCCCACGUGAAUGCAUGUGUCCUACACGAAGUCUGUUUGGUAUGUCUCUUCCCAUUAAAACGUUCCCUUCUCUCUUCAUAUGUAGCUGUAUGGACACAUCUUAAGUGUUUCACUUAUCCAUCUUUUCUAUUGAUGUUGCCACCUUUUAAAAUAAUCAUUAGCCUGUUUUGAGUGCAUUCAGUAGACCACGUUGGAGCGAUCAACGUCACACCAUUAGCUACCAUAUUAGCUGCUUUUCUAUGUACAGUUGAUCUCACUAAAGCUGCAUACACCAAUUAAAAAUAAGCUAAGGGUUUUUGGGUUUUGGAUCUUUGGAUCCAAAUGGAUAUUUUGAGUAUUCUUGAGGAAGAGUAGUUGCUACUUGCAUGUUUGUUUAUGCUGCUAUUUCUGUAGAAUUAUCCCUCGUAGAAAGCCCUGUUGUUCCAUAUGCAUGCUUAAGUAAAGGGAUGCAUGAAUAGGAUGAUACCAACCUACAGUAACUUCUCCCCACAGACAUACAGUGUGUGUGACUUACUGAAACUUAGAUUUUAAAAUGAACCUCACAUAGAGGAUAAGAAACACAAAACGACAAGGCUGCAAUUUUCACAUGUAGCGGUUUAAUUGUUGCUAUUAAAACACAAGGGGAUAGGGACUUCAGAAAGGGUCAAAGGUCACUGUAUCUACCAGAGAGGGCGGUGGAGGCCAUAGAAUGUUGCUAACUGAAAGAAAAUAGCCUUAACUUAAGCCAUUGUUCUAGAAAUAAUUUAUACUGCAAUAAUGAAACAACAAUUUGAUCCUUUUUUAAAAAUGUGAGUGGCAGGAGCAGCAGCUCAGGUUGAACUAAGCUGAUCUGCAUUGUGAAAUCUUGGCAGGUACACUGCUCAACAGAACCGAGAGAAAGAGAUAUGAAAGAGGAAAGCAGUAUGACGCACAGUGACGUCAAGCCACCACCUCCCUUCAAACACACACACACAUACACAGGUGGUGACGCUCAGUGAUAUAAUUUAUUCUGCCUGGUAAGAGUUUGGAAGUACAAAGGAUACUGCACUGCUAAGCUAUUCACAUUGACCCCUUUGUAUACACAGAACAUGCAACGGGAAGUCUUUUGAUCUGACAACUGACUCUGAGCAAGAGGAUUUGUGCGAGUCAGAAACUCUCCCAGUUGAAUUCUUUGAGCAAUUUUGCAGUUGGUUAACACGGAUUUAUGUUUAUUUAUAAUGGUUGAUACACGGUUUGUUUGAUAAAAGGCCCGAGUUACAUUUCAUAAUGUCAGAUUUUGAUGAUUAUGUAAGUUACCCCUAAAAUAUCAAGAGACAAGACCAUAUGUUCUACACAAGGGAUAAUUCAAUUAUGAAUAA